UUCCCAUUUCUCUUCCAUCGUCUCGCUCUCUUUUCCUCUUUUCUGGGUUUCUACAGCUCUGCUAAUAUUUUUCCGUCUGGGUUGUUCUGAUUUCUUCUUAUUUCGAUUGAAUUUGAAGUUCCUGAGAUCGGUUUUGGCUUGAAUUUGAUGGUUUUUCGCAGCAGAACCGUCGGAGAAAUCUGUGGAGAUCAUGAGGAAGUUCUCCGAGCAAUACGUUCGUCGCUCGGGAACGUACUUCUGUGUUGAUAAAGGAGUCACUGCGGUUGUGAUUAAGGGACUGGCUGAACAUAAAGAUUCAUACGGUGCACCACUUUGUCCCUGCAGGCACUAUGAUGAUAAAGCGGCUGAGGUUGGACAGGGCUUUUGGAACUGUCCAUGUGUUCCGAUGAGAGAAAGGAAGGAAUGCCACUGUCUGCUCUUCUUGACUCCGGACGAUGAUUUUGCUGGCAACGAUCAGGUAGCAAUCUCACUGGAAGAAAUCAAUGAAGCCACAGCUAACUUGUGAGGAACCUACUCUCAUCCCUUCUUCUGUGCUUUUGGCUAAAGAGAUUUAAGAUGAGGAAUGCCCCUAGUGAGAGAGAUACCCUUUGUAUGUAAUAUACAUUGGUAUAUGGAUAUGUGGUUCUUUCUCUUGUUCAAUUUUUUUUCCCAUGUGAAGGAUAGUACUUCUUAGUGUAUCUUCCCAUGGAGUCAGGUGAAUUACAAGAGUUUCUGGUUUAUGUCUCA